UGGUGAGUUUUCAGUGACCCAUAUGACCAAGGCUCAUCUGUUCCAUAGUGGUCAUGUGCGCUGGGUUCCCCCGGCCAUCUAUAAGUCCUCCUGCUCUAUAGACGUCACCUUCUUCCCCUUCGAUCAGCAGAAUUGUAAAAUGAAGUUUGGUUCCUGGACCUACGACAGAGCUAAGAUAGAUCUAGAGCCUAUAGGGGAUACUGUCGAUCUGAAGGACUACUGGGAGAGCGGUGAAUGGGCUAUAGUGACUGCAGUGGGAACCUACAACACUAAGAAGUAUGACUGUUGCCAUGAGAUCUACCCUGAUAUAACCUACUAUUUCAGGAUCAGACGCCUGCCUCUAUUCUACACUGUCAACCUCAUUAUCCCUUGUCUCCUCAUCUCCUGUCUCACCGUCCUGGUGUUCUAUCUGCCUUCUGAUUGUGGAGAGAAGAUCACCCUGUGUAUCUCUGUCUUACUCUCUCUCACUGUCUUCCUCCUGCUCAUCACUGAAAUUAUCCCCUCCACCUCCCUGGUGAUUCCUCUCAUCGGGGAGUAUCUCCUUUUCACCAUGAUCUUUGUCACUCUGUCUAUUGUCAUAACGGUGUUUGUCCUGAACGUCCACCAUCGUUCCUCUGCUACUCACACCAUGCCUCGCUGGGUUCGGACACUGUUCCUGUCUGCCAUUCCCCGGUGGCUCUGCAUGAAACGACCCCCGCUUGACCUCAGGAGGAGGGGCUUAGUCGGCAAACUCCACCCCUUUGGAACCUUCGGAACGGCUGGCCCCUCCCGCUAUUCGUCGCAUUCCACAGCCCACAGCUGGCUCAUGCGGGAGUCCGAUGUUGAUCUCCAUGGUAACGAGGACGAGGAUGUGAUUCGUCAUGGUUACCUGGAUACGGAGAUGGACGCGGGGUUAAGGGGGAGGUUGAGGUUAGGGGUGGGGCUGAGGCUUCCCCCAUCCUUCUCCUUUCCCCCUCCCUCUCCCCGCCUGCCCGUCUACACCCCCCUCAUCCCCAAGACUCACACCACCCAGCGGCCCCCCAAUCUGAGUCUGACCCCAGACUGGGACUACACUCCCCCAGGUCCUGAUGUUGGUAUGGCCCACACCCCCGCUCCAGCCCUGUCUCCUGCAGUGUUACGAGCCCUGGAGGGGGUGACUUACAUCGCUGAACACCUCAGAGCCGAGGACCAAGACUUCUCUGUGAAGGAGGACUGGAAGUACGUUGCCAUGGUGAUAGAUCGUAUCUUCCUGUGGAUGUUCAUCAUCGUGUGUCUCCUGGGAACCAUCGGAUUGUUCUUACCACCCUGGCUGGCCGGCAUGAUCUAGAACCCUGUGUGUGUGUGUAAUAAUACUAAUAUUAAUUAUUAUUAUUAUUAUUAUUAUUAUUAUUAGGCGGGUGCUUAUAUUUGUCCUAUUUCACACAUGUACAAGUGUGUUUUUUGCAUAUCCCAAUGUUGAGGAACUGGACCCAGGUCACUCCAGCCAAGUCACAACUUCAAGAAGCAUCCUACCUGCUCCCCCCCAAAAAUUAUAAAGAUUUACCUAUUUAACAACUAAGACUUAUUGGUGAAUAAAAAAAACAAUUCUGUCUUUGUAUGGACAUAAAUGUUCAAUGUAUAGAUAGAUCUGCCUUUGAAUAGUAGAAAGAGAGAGAGAGGAAGAUAGAGGGGGGAAAAUAGAGGGAUUGGGGGGUGAGGGAUGUAGAGCUGGAGGGAUGCUUGCACAAAUCCAAUGUUUCUAAAUGCAUGAGGGGAAGUGAAUGAGUGCACACUUCUGGGUAAAGGGUAGAGAAUGGAAACACAGCAGAGUAUUUCUGGGCUGAUUGGUCUGUGUUCUCUGGGUUAGCAGUUAGCGACGGCCCCUACACUCUUAGAAAAAAGGUUCCAAAAGAGAGCCCCCUCUGCUGGUGAGAACUGGAAAGGGAGGCUUUGUGUGUGUGCAUGUGUGCGCACUAGUUUUCCUACAUUAUCAGCACCCCAAUG